AAAAGCUCUCCUCUUGUUUCCCAACAGAGAUGGCAGCCAUUCGGAAGAAACUGGUGAUUGUCGGGGAUGGAGCCUGUGGGAAAACAUGCCUCCUCAUUGUUUUCAGUAAAGACCAGUUUCCUGAAGUCUACGUCCCGACAGUGUUUGAGAACUACAUCGCGGAUAUCGAGGUUGAUGGAAAACAGGUGGAGUUGGCACUGUGGGAUACUGCAGGCCAGGAGGACUACGACCGGUUGAGGCCUCUCUCCUACCCUGACACAGAUGUCAUCCUUAUGUGCUUCUCCAUCGACAGCCCCGACAGCUUAGAAAAUAUCCCGGAGAAGUGGACGCCGGAGGUGAAGCACUUCUGUCCCAAUGUCCCCAUCAUCCUGGUGGGGAACAAGAAGGACCUGAGGAAUGAUGAGCACACACGGAGAGAGCUGGCCAAGAUGAAGCAGGAGCCGGUGAAGCCCGAAGAAGGCCGAGAAAUGGCCAGCAAAAUCAGUGCUUUUGGCAGUUUGGAGUGCUCUGCCAAGACCAAGGACGGCGUGCGGGAAGUGUUCGAGAUGGCCACUAGAGCGGCGCUGCAGGUCCGCAAGUCCAAGAAGAAAAUGGGCUGCGCGCUGCUGUGAGCGCCAUCAAAUCAAUUGACCAAUAGGAAGAAGAAGAAGAAGAAGAAGAAGAAAGAAGAAGAAGAAAAAAAAUAAAACGUAUGAAAAGGACUGACCUUUUUACCAAAAUGGCCUCUUUGUACCGGAUCUCCCAUUUCACAAUAACGGGCAGGCAGAUGAAUCGAAUGCAAACAAACCGAAGACGUGAAAUGAACUUUGUCUAAUAUAACAAACCGUGCUUAGAAAUUGAUGUUUCAAGUUCCUUUUUUUGGGGGGGGGGAAUUACACAAGGAAUGUUUCCUACUUGUUUUUCUUUUUAUAUUUGUAAUGUAACGAGGCAGUAAUAGGUGCACAUAUUUGUAUGCGAUAUUGUUCUUUUGCGUGCUUGAGCGAGCAGCGGUCAUUCCUUGCUCGUAUAAAGUCUUCAUGACACGUCCAGACUGUCCUGUUAGCAUCUCUUCUGUUCAUCACGGUAGACCUGAUCUUUUCACCUCACCAUAAGAGCUAGUGCCUUCUUUUUCUUUUCCUUUUUCUUCUUCUCUUUCUCUUAUUUGUCAGCUAGCUAACGUUUCAGCUGAGGGGCUCCCCGUUGCGUCCAUCCAUCUGCAUCUAGUGUUGUCGUUGUCCGAGCAACCAAAUGGUCGCAUGUGUCAUUUUGGUUAGCGUUCCUCCAACAUUUACCGUACUCGCUAACGAAAGCAUCACGUUAAAAAUAAUAAGAGAUCUGAUUAUUCACAUGCAUCCUUCAUAACUCCUUUUGUGCAGUGGGUCUAGAUGUUGGGUGAAGGGUGUGUGAGAACUAGUCAAUAGGAUUAUGACAAUGGCUGUUGGGUCCAACGACAGCUGAAACGGAAAUGAAGGCCAAAGUCUCCAUUCUUUGUUCAUCGGGGGCGGCUGAGUUCAGCCUUUCUCCUGCUACGACUCGAGAGAGCCAGCCAGUCACACUCGCCGCCGGAAUCUGUGUGUUGGACCCGUCAGCCCGGUCAUGGAAACACUGUGUGUGUGUGUGUGUGUGUGUGGGGAUGUUUUCCAGUCGGACAACAUUGUCUACAGGUUUGAGAUAAGCUGAGUUGUCUGUGUAAAGAGUUGUUUUCUUUCCUCUUUCCCCCCCCCCCCCCCCCCCCAGGUGCCUUCUCUGUUGUGUUGUGUGCCUUUUUUUUCCCUUUGGUUGUCCUCCCCCGCACCAGAUAAACCACCGGCUCCACGCCAACCCGAUACCGACCGACAAGGUCAAGAGCGACCUUUCUGAUAUGUUUCACGAAGCUUGGUUAUUUGAAUUGCUCCAAGCAUAAGAACAAAUGUGUCAUUGGUUUAAAGUUUCAGUCCUUGUAACAUAAAUAUUAAGAUUUCAUCCAUAAA